GCCAAUUUUACUCAAUAAAAUAAUGUUUGGAAGAGUAACAGUGACUGUUCAAAUUUGAAAAAAUAGACUGAAAUAUUGUAGCUCAAAGCUCAAGCCAUUGAACUUUGACUAGUUCAAUGUAGACCAAUUUUGACAUAAUUGGCUAUAAUUUGACGAGUCAGCAUUUGAUUAGGCUAAUACCAAUGCUCUAAGUGAGGCUUAUAAGUGACAUCGUAUAUGGGAGUUGAAUUCUAUGGUCUGUGAUGGCCGAUGGGUUACUAUAUACCAACGGAUACAAACAAAGGUUCAAAAUUAGUCAUAGUCAACUCACUACUACUUUGUGUAGAUUAUUUAUUGAAAUUUUUUAUUCUGUUGAAUGUUUAUUGAUUUUGUUUCUUUCUGUUUGGGGCUUCUCUUAGGUGGCAGCUCAUGCAGUUGCUACCUUUGAACCAGCCGGCCUUCUAAUUAUUUGAUAUUAAGCAUAAAAAAAUGUAGAAGACAAUCGAUUUUUCUUUACCAUCCGAAGAGAGAGGCCGGAGAGAGAAAGGGAAGGGAGGGUACUACGUACUCAUAGUUCUCUCCUGCUCAAUCGAUAGCGCUAAGCGCAAUAGCAUUUAGUAAUUAGAAAGAGUGGGAUGGAUGGUGCAGCAGUAGCAUUGGUUCUGGUUUUGAAAGUAGGGCUCUUUUUUGUUUUAGCGAGUGCUGUUCUGAUCAGCAACUCAAAACUCGCUGCAGCAAAUGAUCAUGGUGGAAGAAAACUUGCUCAGGAAAUCCCAGGUUUCAUCAGCAUUGAUUGUGGCAGCAACGAAGAUUAUAUUGACAAGACAAAGGGUAUUCCGUACGUCACAGACAAAGAAUUUAUAGAUACUGGAAUAGCUGAGACUGUAUCCCCUCACUUAUCUGCAAAAUACACACAGACAUUGAAGAACUUGAGAAGUUUUCCUCAAGGAAAAAGGAAUUGUUAUAGCCUGAGACCGGAUCAAGGCAAAAACAAUAAGUUCCUGAUCAGAACUACAUUUCUGUAUGGAAAUUAUGAUGGGAAAAACCAAGCCCCAGAAUUCGACCUAUAUCUUGGGGUCAAUAAAUGGACAACAGUGAAAAACACGGAUGGAAUCAAUUAUGAGAUUAUUCACCUACUAUCAACGGAUUACAUCGAUGUGUGUCUUGUGAACACUGGCCAAGGCGUACCCUUCAUUUCAUCAUUGGAACUACGACGUUUGGACAAUUCUAUAUAUCCGAUCACUCCGGGUGGGGCACUUGAAAUGCAUGACCGAGGCUACGUUGGUAGCACUGAACCGGUCUUCAUGAGGUAUCCAAACGAUGUAUAUGAUCGCUACUGGCAUGCUGAUCAAGAAAUUUGGAUCCCUGUUUCCUCCGACUCCACCACGGCUUUCAAAACACUGAACGCGAGCAUUCCAUUGCAAGUUGCCUGGACCGCUCUAGACACAAUUUCCAAGUAUUAUGUUUACCUUCACUUUGUUGAGAUAGAGAAACUUAAACCUGGCCAGCAGAGGGAAUUGAAAAUUUACUGGAACGGUGAGCGCAAUUUCUCAGACUCUUUUAAACUUGAUUAUCUAAAACCACUCACAAUAGCCCAAGAUGAUCCGCCAAUUAGCGGCCGUGGGAUACUUUACUUCUCAAUAAUUGCGGCUGAAGGAACUACUAUUCCUCCAAUUCUCAAUGCCUAUGAGAUUUAUCGGUUACUAGAGCUACCAAAUAAACCGACUGCCCCAGAAGAUGUUACUGCAAUGCUGGAGAUAAAGACCCAGUACAGCGUGACUAGAAACUGGCAAGGCGAUCCGUGUGUCCCAAGUGAUUACUCAUGGGAAGGUUUAAACUGCAAUAAUGACAAUCCUCCAAGGAUCAUCUCAUUGAACUUGAGCUCAAGCAACUUGACAGGGGAAAUUGCAACUUCAUUCUCUAAGCUCGAACGAAUCCAGUCCUUGGAUUUGUCAUUUAAUGACUUAACUGGGCCACUGCCAGAAGUUUUGGAACAACUACCUAAUUUGAAAACCCUGGAUUUAAGAGGAAACAAGCUCACAGGUUCAGUUCCUGCGGCUCUUCUGGAACAGUCUAGGAAUGGAAAAUUGGACCUCAGGGUUGAUGCACAUCCGGAUCUUUGUCCGUACACUCCAUGUAAGGGAAAGAAGAAAAAGGAGUUUUUGAUUCCAGUUCUUGCGGUGUCUUUAACUGCAGUCUUGAUCCUUCUCUUCAUCGUUAGUGCUCUUGCUAUAUAUAAAAGGAAAAGAGAAUCAGGUAACAUGGUUGCCAAAUCCAAAUCCAGCAUUAAAUCAAAGAAUCGACAGUACAGCUACUCUGAGGUCGUUAAGAUAACUAAUAACUUCAGAACCAUCAUUGGCAAAUUGAAAGAUGACAUUCAAGUUGCAGUUAAGCUUCUCUCUACUUCAUCAAACCAAGGGUACAAGGAAUUUAGAGCGGAGGCACAGCUCUUAACAGUACUUCAUCAUGGAAACUUGGUUACUCUUGUUGGAUACUGUGAUGAUGGCAAAAAAAAGGCGCUCAUAUAUGAGUACAUGGCUAAUGGGAAUCUGCAGCAGCAUUUAUCAGGGUUGGGGUAUCUACAUAAUGGUUGCAAGCCACCAAUCAUCCACAGAGAUUUAAAACCAUCCAACAUCCUACUAAACGAACAAAUGCAAGCCAAGAUAGCUGAUUUUGGGCUUUCUAGAGCCUUUGCCACCGAAAAUGAUACCCACGUGUCAACUUGCCCAGCUGGCACAUUUGGAUACGUCGAUCCGGACUUUGGGAUUAUUUUGUUUGAGCUUAUAACUGGUCGCCCUGCAAUAAUAAGAGGUCCUAUGCAAAACAAUCACAUACUUGAUUGGGUUUAUCCUUUGAUUGAAAGGGCAGAUAUUCAAAAUAUUGUUGAUCCAAGACUAGAAGGAGAGUUCAACAACACUUCUGCCUGGAAAGUUGUGGAAAUAGCCAUGUCGUGCGCACUACCAGUUGCAAUCCAAAGGCCAGGCAUGAGUCAGGUAUUGGCAGAACUAAAGGAAUGUUUGGCUCUGGUAACGACUCGUGGGAGAAGUCAAAGAAUAGCAACUGAAUGCAGAACUUCAAGCAUGCACACAGCACGUUCCAGUUCGAGCUGGAGUCAGAAAUUUCUCCCAUCGCUAGAUAGUUAUUGAACAAAUUAUGCUAAAAAAUUCCUUCUGUGCAAUAUGUCAAGUCUGUUUGAAGAGCUUAUUAUAUCCUUGUUUCUGUGCAAUAUGUGCAAUAUGAGAGAAUACUAUUAUGGGUUUCUACAGCUUUCUAGGUUCUAUUGGACAUUUAAAUUACAAUGAUCACUAGUUUGUAUUCUGGAUGUGCUGACAGUUUUUUAGC